AAUGCUUCUUUCUUAAGCUUCUACAACAUAAUUUGUAUGUUGAACAUACAUUCUCCUUACAGACAGACUCACACACCUCAAAAUACUCCUCUUGAAUUACCAAUCUCCGGUGUUUUUCCAGACACCCAUACCACAAGUCUAUGUGCAAUAUGGCACAACUCCCUUUUUCCCUCCCAACCCCACUAAUUUUACCUUCUAUGUAUUCCUCUGGUCCAAGCCCAUCCCCAGCCUGUCUCGUCUGGACAUCCUGGUAGCUCAGUUGGAACCCAUCCUCCAUACUGCAAGCAGUGUUUUAGUCCAUUUUGUGUUGCUGUAAGGGAAUUCCUGAGACUAGAAGAACAGGACAGAAAUGUAUUUCUCACAGUUCUAGACGCUAGGAAGUCCAAGAUCAAAGUGCUGGCAGGUUAUGGACUGGUCUCUCUGCUUCCAAGAUGGCUCUUUGAAUGCUGUGUCCUUCAAAGGUGAGGAAUGCUAUGUUCUUAUAUGGCAAAAGAGCAGAAGAGCAAGAGAGAGUGAACCCACUCCCCAAAUCUCUUUUUAUGGCAGCAUUAAUCCAUUUAUGAGGGCAGAGCCCUUGUGAUGAAAAUACCUCCCCAAGGACCCAACCUUCCAACACUGAUGCAUUAGAGAUUGUAUCCAACACAUCAAUUUUGGGGGGCACAUUCAGACCAUAGAGAGAUCUUUCUAUAUCGAAAACCUAGCCAGGCUGCUUCCUGACUUAAAACCCUUCAGUUAAGGUGCAUACCCUUCAGCAAGGCGCCUAAGACCCACCAUGACACAGCCCCUACCUGCUGGGCCAGACUCCUUCCACCAGUCCUGCCACUGCCCCAGUCCCAUAGCUCAAGACCAAGUUACCUUUUGAUAUGGUUUGACCAUGUCACUACCAAAUCUCAUCUUAAAUCGUAGUUCCCAUAAUCCCCACGUCAUGGGAAGGACCCCGUGAGAGGCAACGGAAUCAUGGGGGCGGUUACUCCCAUGCUGUUCUUGUGAUAGUGAGUUCUUAGGAGAUCUGAUGGUUUUACAAGGGGCUUUCCCCCCUUUGCUUGGCACUCAUUCUCUCUCCUGCGACCCUGUGAAGAGGUGCCUUCCACCACAACUGUAAGUUUCCUGAGGUCUCCCAAACCAUGCGAAACUGAGUCAAUUAAAUCUCUUUUUCUUUAUAAAUUACCCAGUCUCAGGUAUUUCUUCAUAGCAGCGUGAGAAUUUUCAGUAUUCUUAUUGUGCACUGGGAACAGUCUGCUGCCUUAACAGGUUAUACUGAAGUAAACAUUUAUGUGUCUCUUUCCCAACAGCCCUGAAGCUCUUUAACGGUUGGAACCUGCUCUUAAGUCAUUUCAGGGUUUCCAGCACCAAGCACAGUGCCUAGCACAUAGUAGGAAGGCACUCGAUCAAUGUUAAUGAAUUAAACUGAUUAGUAAUAAGUGCUUUUUGCUGACAUAUUACAUCCACAACCUACAAUACAUUAAAAGUCCUUUUCCCUGAUCACCACUGUCUUAUAAAUUUUGAUUACAAGGACAGAAGAAUGAAAUCCUGAUGAAGAGGAAUAAGGCCUGGAGGUCAUAUAAGCAAAUUUUCAUUAAAAUGCUGGUUUAUUUAUUUUAGUAGGUCCUAUUUGGGGGAAGUCUUUUGACCCGGGCCUUUUGACUUCUACCGUUUUAACAGGUAGGGAUGAAAUGGGAGUAGUUCCAUGAAUAUACGUUUUGCACUACAUUCACCUGUUGGGUUCCUAAGAGUUUACCGAUUUUGAUCUAAAAGUAGGCGUGCCAGCAAUAUUUGCAAUCUCGCCUUCUAAGUCAAUGCUUUUGGAUCAAAGUCUUUUUGGAUCCAGUGUAAAGUGGAGCCCCUUCAAAGGGAACGCACAGGGGAAAAAAUAUCCAGCAAAGUAUGUGUCCUAGUGGGGUUCUCAACUUCCCAAGGCUGUGCACCAUCUAUCGUUACUUGCCCCUCCCAUCGGUCCGAGGGCCCAGUAGUCCCUGGUAUCAGCAGAAGCCAGCAGCUUCCCUGGUGGGGCCACCUGUCCUCAGGUGACGGGCUUGCACACGGCCAAGGUACCUCUACCCACGCCGCAGAGGCCGCCACUGCUGGACAGCGCAGUGGGGGUCACGUGUCCCUGUCCCGCCACUGCCCCAGGCUCUGAGCCCUCCCCGGCUGCAGGGCAGAGGCCGCUGGAUCACGCGCACCCCGGCGGCCAAGGCUGGGCCCAGCCAAUGGGCGGGCAGCAUCCGCAUGACCCGCGCCGUCGGGAGGGCGUGGGGAGGCAGGCCAGGCGCGCACGCUGCCGGGCCGUAUCGCCGCCCCCACCGCCGCCGCCAGGACUGGAAGUGAGCUGCCGGGGCCCCAAACGCCAGCCAGCCAGUGAGUGGGUCCCGCAGUCGCCCGCAACCGGGGCCAAUCAUGGCGGCCGCCAAGGUGGCUUUAACCAAGAGAGCAGAUCCAGCUGAGCUUAGAACAAUAUUUUUGAAGUAUGCAAGCAUUGAGAAAAACGGUGAAUUUUUCAUGUCCCCCAAUGACUUUGUCACUCGAUACUUGAACAUUUUUGGAGAAAGCCAGCCUAAUCCGAAGACUGUGGAACUUUUAAGUGGAGUGGUGGAUCAGACCAAAGAUGGAUUAAUAUCUUUUCAAGAAUUUGUUGCCUUUGAAUCUGUCCUGUGUGCUCCUGAUGCUUUGUUUAUGGUAGCCUUUCAGCUGUUUGACAAAGCUGGCAAAGGAGAAGUAACUUUUGAGGAUGUUAAGCAAGUUUUUGGACAGACCACAAUUCAUCAACAUAUUCCAUUUAACUGGGAUUCAGAAUUUGUGCAACUACAUUUUGGAAAAGAAAGAAAAAGACACCUGACAUAUGCGGAAUUUACUCAGUUUUUAUUGGAAAUACAAUUGGAGCACGCAAAGCAAGCCUUUGUGCAGCGGGACAAUGCUAGGACUGGGAGAGUCACAGCCAUCGACUUCCGAGACAUCAUGGUCACCAUCCGCCCCCAUGUCUUGACUCCUUUUGUAGAAGAAUGUCUAGUAGCUGCUGCUGGAGGUACCACAUCCCAUCAAGUUAGUUUCUCCUAUUUUAAUGGAUUUAAUUCGCUCCUUAACAACAUGGAACUCAUUAGAAAGAUCUACAGCACUCUGGCUGGCACCAGGAAAGAUGUUGAAGUGACUAAGGAGGAGUUUGUUCUGGCAGCUCAGAAAUUUGGUCAGGUUACACCCAUGGAAGUUGACAUCUUGUUUCAGUUAGCAGAUUUAUAUGAGCCAAGGGGACGUAUGACCUUAGCAGACAUUGAACGGAUUGCUCCUCUGGAAGAGGGAACUCUGCCCUUUAACUUGGCUGAGGCCCAGAGGCAGACAGAGAAGUGCAGCACUCUGAAAUGUUCCGGCAUCAAAAACACUAAGGCCUCAGGCGAUUCAGCUCGACCAGUUCUUCUACAAGUUGCAGAGUCGGCCUACAGGUUUGGUCUGGGUUCUGUUGCUGGAGCUGUUGGAGCCACUGCUGUGUAUCCUAUCGAUCUUGUAAAAACUCGAAUGCAGAACCAACGAUCAACUGGCUCUUUUGUGGGAGAACUCAUGUAUAAAAACAGCUUUGACUGUUUUAAGAAAGUGCUACGCUAUGAAGGUUUCUUUGGACUGUAUAGAGGUCUGUUGCCACAGUUAUUGGGAGUUGCCCCAGAGAAGGCCAUAAAACUUACAGUGAACGAUUUUGUGAGGGAUAAAUUUAUGCACAAAGAUGGUUCGGUCCCACUUGCAGCAGAAAUUCUUGCUGGAGGCUGCGCUGGAGGCUCCCAGGUGAUUUUCACAAAUCCUUUAGAAAUCGUCAAGAUCCGUUUGCAAGUGGCUGGAGAAAUCACCACUGGUCCUCGAGUCAGUGCUCUGUCUGUCGUGCGGGACCUGGGGUUCUUUGGGAUCUACAAGGGUGCCAAAGCAUGCUUUCUGCGGGACAUUCCUUUCUCAGCCAUCUACUUUCCGUGCUAUGCUCAUGUGAAGGCUUCCUUUGCAAAUGAAGAUGGGCAGGUUAGCCCAGGAAGCCUGCUCUUAGCUGGUGCCAUAGCUGGUAUGCCUGCGGCAUCUUUAGUGACCCCUGCUGAUGUUAUCAAGACGAGAUUACAGGUAGCUGCCCGGGCUGGCCAAACCACUUACAGCGGAGUGAUAGACUGCUUUAGAAAGAUACUGCGUGAAGAAGGACCAAAAGCUCUGUGGAAAGGAGCUGGUGCUCGUGUAUUUCGAUCCUCACCCCAGUUUGGUGUAACUUUGCUGACUUAUGAAUUGCUGCAACGAUGGUUCUACAUUGAUUUUGGAGGAGUAAAACCCAUGGGAUCAGAGCCAGUUCCUAAAUCCAGGAUCAAUCUGCCUGCCCCGAAUCCUGAUCACGUUGGGGGCUACAAACUGGCAGUUGCUACAUUUGCAGGGAUUGAAAACAAAUUUGGACUUUACCUGCCUCUCUUCAAGCCAUCAGUAUCUACCUCAAAGGCUAUUGGUGGAGGCCCAUAGGAAGAUCAGCCCUGGGAUAGUGCUGUCUUUGUGUGGGUACUGCAGUAAAGAACAUCCCUCCUGGGAGUGAAGCAAUGCUUCAUCCCUUUUACGUCCAUCUCUUGUUUAAAUUCAAGUCCAGGCUUUUUUAUCAUGUGAAAUCAUUCAUUUUCUGGGUGUUUUCUUAACCAGAUCAUUGUGAAAUUAUUCAUAAUUAUUCUUUGGCCCUCUGCCCAGAAACCUUUGUUUGCAUCUGAAAAUUGAUGGGAUUUGGUCAACACUAACAUGAUUUGGGGAAAGGAGCAAGUCAGAAUAGAAAUUAGUACUCCCCUCCUUGAACUAGGAUUGUAGUCCCAAAGAGGCUACUGUAAGGCAGUCAUGGUGCUCGGAGCAGUGUUUCGUGUGUGUUUUAAACUGGUAGGAAACUGGGUGCAUAUUUAUAAAAAUAAAAAACACUGGGAGAAAUGAAAAAGUAUAUAUCAAAUAUAUUCAGCCUGGCUUCAAAUUUUAAGCAUGCACAAAUUCUGUCUCUGGAUUAUAUUAUGAAGCUUUUAUGUGAAACAUGUUUCUUUGUAAUGAAAACCACAUUGGAGAUGUUUAGUAAUCAUAUUGUUACUGGUACCAAGACUACUAGGGAAAUGCCUUUGUACUUUAGGGAAGUACUUUUGGCAUUUUAUUAUACAGACAGAAAAAACUGAGAUGUAGCCCCUCUCCUGGAAGUGCUAAUUUUGAAAAACUGCUCAUAUGAUGUACAUGUACUGAUUACUGCCUAUUUUAAUAAACACUCUUGAAAAAUGCAUGGUGCACUAUUGCUGCCUGCCCUAUUCUCCUCAUCUCCCCAUCAUUGGCACCCACUUGCUUUUAAAAUCCACUUUAUCUUGAAUCAUGUAAGACAGAUAUGUUCUGACAUAAGUAUUUAAUUGAUGUUGCCUUGCAUAAUGGUCAGAGGCACAUGAGUUUGUGAAGGUGGAAAUAAACUAUUUGUAAAGUGA